GAUGGCGAGCGACAUGACAGGCACCGCGUCGGACACGGUGCAGUGUCCAAUUUGUUUUCAAGACUUCAACUGCGACGCUAUUAAUGGUCACCUCGACGUUUGUCUGACAAAGAGCGACGCCCACGACGGUCGUUUGUCGACGGACUCCGACGCUGGAGCUCCGCUGAAGAAGUUUUGUUACGAAGCAGCGCCCAAGAAGCUUACCGGUGGAGAGCACCGCACGGCGGCGCCCUCUGCCUCGCAUGGAGCAUUCUCCAUGUUUCGCGACACGAAUACGUCAUUCCCCAACAAACGACUUGGUGGCGGCGCGGUCAACAAGGCAGUUAAGCGUAGUUUUGUGGCCGAGACCGAAUUUGAACCCGGAUGCUCCGGGACGCGGCAGAAGAAUGGCGGACAGACCUUGAACGCGACGCAGGACUUGAACGCAACACGUGCUUUGUGCCUACGGACACUGCUAACGUCAAACAGACCGCUGGCGGAGAUGCUGAGGCCGAACACGCUGGUGGAAUACUUUGGUCAGAAUAAAGUUGUCGGCGAACAAACCCUUCUGCGGUCCCUGCUGGACUGCCAGGAAAUACCCUCGCUCAUCCUCUGGGGACCACCAGGAUGUGGAAAGACCACUCUGGCUCACAUCAUCGGCAGCAACAGCAAGAAGAAAGGCACGGCUCGUUUCGUGAGGCUCUCCGCCACCAGCGCGUCCACGGCCGACGUGCGAGAGGUCAUCAAGCAGGCGCAGAACGAGCUGCGGCUGUGCAAGCGCAGGACCAUCCUUUUCAUCGACGAAAUCCACCGCUUCAACAAAUCCCAACAGGACACGUUCCUUCCUCACGUCGAGUGCGGGACAGUCACUCUGAUCGGUGCCACCACUGAGAAUCCGUCCUUCCAGGUGAUCUCCGCUCUGCUGAGCCGCUGUAGGGUGCUCGUCCUCGAGAAGCUCUCGGUCGAGGCGAUGGGCUCGAUCCUGGACCGGGCGGUGGCGGCGCUCGGGAUCGCCGUGCUGGAACGGGAUCAAACCGAUCCCGAAUGGCCGGACCGCCAAGCGGAGGGAAACCAGUGGCAGUAUAAUACAGACACGACGAAGAAGAGUUUUGCGACUGAUUCAUUAAGCUGCAGUAAUAAUACUUGUUUUCCGCUGACGCUAAAGAAUAUAUGCCUGCCAAAAGUUUACAUUGAACAAAAAGCUCUGGACACAAUCGCCUACCUGUGUGACGGUGACGCCCGGACUGGGCUCAACAGUCUGCAGCUGGCCGUUCAGGCUCAGGCCGGCUUGACUCGACCCAGCUUGACGGGACCAGAUGGUUUCACCCGGGAUAUUCUUGUGAAGGAAGAACACAUCAAGGAGGGUCUCCAGAGGUCUCAUAUUCUCUAUGACAAAGCUGGCGAAGAGCAUUUCAACUGCAUCUCAGCGUUGCACAAGUCCAUGAGAGGCUCCCACGAGAACGCCGCCCUCUACUGGCUGGGCCGCAUGCUGGAAGGCGGCGAGGAUCCGCUCUUUGUGGCUCGUAGGCUGGUCUGCUUCGCCAGCGAGGACGUGGGUCUGGCAGAUCCCUUCGCUCUUCCUCAAGCCGUGUCCGCUUUCCAGGCCUGUCACUUCAUCGGGAUGCCCGAAUGUGAGGUGAUCUUGGCUCAGUGUGUGGUCUAUCUCUCCCGGGCGGCUAAGUCCACGGACGUGUACGUGGCCUACAAAAACGUGAAGGCCUGUCUGAGGAACCACAAAGGCCCCCUGCCACCCGUUCCGCUCCACCUGCGCAACGCACCCACGCGCCUCACGAAGCAGCUGGGCUACGCCGAGGGUUACAAGUACAAUCCGGCCUUCAGCGCGCCCGUGGAGCAGCAGUACCUGCCUGAGGAGCUGCGGGGCAUUGACUUCUUCACCUGGACGCCAUCGGAAUGGUGAUACACCAAGUUACUCUUCGGCUUAUGUUUGCUCAUGUCAAGAUAAAAAAAGACUUCAGCGUUGCAUCCAUUUAUGUUCUGCUUAGCUACUGAUCUUUAGCCUGUUGCUCUUAGAGCUAAAUACCUGUACGACUGAAAUUUCUUCACAACACAUUUAAUGUUAUGCUAUUAACAAUCACACAGUUCCGAUCUUAUGUACAGACAAGUUAUGUUGCUUUUGCAUUAUCUUUCAAGAGUAAAGUUUUUCCCAAAUUAAAAAUUGACCGAUUAUUUUCCAGAUUAUUUAAACAUAUGGGUCAUAUUAUUUUAUGCCGCCUUCGUUCUCUAUGGGUAACUGUCUCCCAUGUUGAAACAGCCAUGUUUAAUGUGCUAUUUUCAAAUGGUUAUUGAUGAUUAACAAUUUUAGGCAUUCAUAGUAAAGCCUCAUUUCAAUCCUCUCAUUUAGUUAUUCAUAUACAGCAUACACGAGAGAUGCAAGCAGUUAGGGAUAUCGGGCUCUCGGUUGACAUUUCUGGAUCAACCUAAAAUGCACUAUAACCUUUGCAGCAGGUGAAGUUAUUAACCUUUCUCUAAACUUUUGUAUGCACUUGUCAACAGUACUACAAGCAGAAUUGUCUGCUCUCUUACAAGGUGCUGGAUGGCAAAAUUAGCCAUUGUUGUGUCUAGUAUAUAAUAGAUAAAUUAUAAAACCCGAACAAUUAUGCGCUAAAAUGUCUUUUAUCAACCCAGAAGAAUUCAAUUUUGGGCCAUCGUCUGCAAAGACAAAAAAAAGGAGGUGUCAAGAAACAUUUACAGAUAAAUUG